AUGUCGAGCGAUGACACCCUUUCGAUAACAGUCGAGUUCAGCGGAGGACUCGAGAUUCUCUUUGCCAACCAGAAAAAGUACAAUCUCUCGCUGCCGGCCAAAGACGAAUUGGGCCAGCCUGCAAAUAUUGCAUACCUCGUGAGACAUCUCUGUGGCAAUGUCAUGAAGGAUCCGCGCAAGGAGUUGUUUGUAUUGGACGAUACUGUACGACCUGGUAUUCUGGUACUUAUCAACGAAGCAGACUGGGAGCUGGAAGGAGAAGACAAGUAUGAAGUGCAAGAGAGAGAUCACAUCAUGUUCGUUUCCACGCUCCAUGGAGGAUGAGGAACGUAUGUUGCGCAGAAAACCUAAGGUCUUAUUCACCAACACUUUUUUUGUGUAUAUAAAUAUUUUCCUCGCCAUUCCGACGUGUAGAGCUCGCAUGAUAUGACGAGAAUCAAGGAACAAUCAGCCCGCUCUGAUCCGGCUUACAUAAGUCAAAAUACACUGAAGGUCGAAUCGGAUCACUUCUGC